UUCGACUUGCUGGAGAUGGACCGACUGGAGAGGCCGCUGGCCACGCUGCCGCUCCUCCGGGACCCCGCCUCCUACGUGCCCGACACCGUGGACCUGACCACCGACGCCCUGGCCCGCCAGUACUGGCUCACCUGCUUCGAGGAGGCCCUGGACGGGAACGGCUGGCUGUACGUGCACUCGGCCGUGGCCAACUGGAAGAAGUGCCUGCACGCCAUCAAGCUCAAGGACUCCGUGCUGAGCCUGGUGCACGUGAAGGGGCGGGUGCUGGUGGCCCUAGCGGACGGCACUCUGGCCAUCUUCCACCGGGGCGAAGAUGGCCAGUGGGACCUAAGCAACUACCACCUGCUGGACCUGGGCCACCCGCACCACUCCAUCCGCUGCAUGGCCGUGGUGGAUGACCGCGUGUGGUGCGGCUACAAGAACAAGGUGCACGUGAUCCAGCCCAAGACCAUGCAGAUCGAGAAGUCAUUUGACGCCCACCCCCGGCGGGAGAGCCAGGUGCGCCAGCUGGCCUGGAUCGGCGACGGGGUGUGGGUGUCCAUCCGCCUGGACUCCACGCUGCGCCUCUACCACGCCCACACCCACCAGCACCUGCAGGACGUGGACAUCGAGCCCUACGUCAGCAAGAUGCUGGGUGAGGACGACGGGGCUCCCCGCCGCCG